AUGGGGGUAAGUGUGGAGCAUUCUGUAGCACAUGUCCAUACUCAGAAUGGCCUGGCUGAAUCCUUUAUAAAACGGAUCCAGCUGAUUGCCCGGCCACUUUUAAUGAAUACCAAACUCCCAGUAUCAGCUUGGGGACAUGCAGUACUACAUGCAGCUGAGCUAAUUCGCAUCAGGCCAUAUAGUGAGCACAAAUACUCCCCAUCCCAACUACUAACGGGUCAUGAGCCAGAUAUAUCCCAUCUAAGAGUUUUUGGAUGUGUCGUCCAAGUGCCUAUAGCACCACCACAGAGAACAAAGAUGGGACCUCAGAGGAGGAUGGGAGUAUAUGUUGGAUACGAUUCCCCUUCUAUUAUUAAGUACCUAGAGCCAACAACAGGUGAUUUGUUUAAGGCCAGGUUCGCGGAUUGUCAUUUUGAUGAAUCCCAGUAUCCAGCAUUAGGGGGAGAUUAUGGUAAGCUGGUACAGGAUAUAAAAUGGAAUCAAACAUCCUUAACAUGGCAGGAUCCUCGGACUAGAGAUUGUGAUCUAGAAGUCCGAAAGAUUAUACAUCUUCAAGAGCUAGCUAACAGAUUGUCAGAUUCCUUUGCUGACCCAAAUAGAGUAACCAAGUCAUACAUACCAGCUGCAAAUGCACCAAUAAGACUUGAUGUCCGUGAUGGACAUAAUCAGGCUGCUACUACGUCUAAACCACAAUUGAAACGUGGUAGACCAGUAGGUUCCAAAGACAAAGAAGUUCGGAAAAGAAAGAGUGCAAAGAAAUCCGACAAAGUGGAAACUCUAGACAUGGAAAAGGAAACUCAUGUACCACCAAAAGAUACUUGGGACGCUAAGAAUCAAGCUAAAUCUGCAGUACCUUCGAUGGCUGUAAAAUCUAAAUGCUCCAAACCGAAUAUUUCAAACUCAAAUCCAAGUCUUUGUUUCAAGCAUAAUCUUGGUGUCUGCCACUACUAG